AUGCCAACGCCAUCUGUGUCGGAGGCUGCAAACACUCGGUUUAGGCACAGGAAGAUCUCCGUCAAACAGCGGCUUCAUGUGUACAAGGCCUCGGAUCUGAAGUCACUUGAUAAAGAUGAGCUUCAACAAAGAGAAUUGGUAGAGAUAGAGACAGGUGUGGAAAAGAAUGAAGAGAAAGAAGAGCAUCUUCACAAGAUUUUGCAGAAGAAUCAGCUUACAUCGAAGGAUCUGUAUAUUCCCACACCAGAUGCAUCGAGGACAUGGCCUGAAUACGAAAAGUUUUACACUGGGAAGUUUAUUGAGCCUGGGAAUUACAUACGGUUUUCGGCGACGGUUGAGGACUGCUGUGGUCCUUGUUAUACUAUGGAUGAACGUGAUGAGGAAUAUCUGAAGGAGACAGUGAACUCAAAACUGGAGGAAGACGACCGUGUGACGGAAGAUGAGUUCGAAAUAAUAUGCAGUAACUUCGAAACAGCCAUAAAGGAGAGACAGCCUUUUUUGAGCAUGGAUCCACAUAACAUCCUAUCUUUUGAAGAACUUAAACCAACGAUUCUCAAAAGAUCUCUGGGCGACGCUGGCAUAAAAAGCAAACUUGCUGAAGAGCUUGGCCUACAUUCAAAGCCCUUUAUGACUCAGCUGGAUCCACCUAUCACAGUCGAGCCUAGGCCAAUCUCCGUGCUGCUGGAGCGCUUCGGUUCACAAAUUUACGGAUAUUGGAAGGAGAGAAAAAUCGAAGCUCAUGGUGACGAGAUAUUUCCACAACUCAAGUUUGAACGUCCUGGGGAAAAAGAUGACAACGACCCCUACAUUUGCUUCCGUAGAAGGGAGGUAAGGCAUGCUAGAAAAACGAGAAGGGUGGAUUUUCAGAAUAGUAACAAACUGCGGUUACUAUAUCAACAAUUACAGUAUACUAAGGAACUGGCAUUUUUAGUGGCAAAACGUGAAAAAAUGUCAAUGGACAUGCUCGAGAAAGAUCGCCAAAUUUUUGAACUCAGACGUGACAUUAAACCAUUGAAGCGGUCUCUGGGUAUUAGGGGUGAGGAUGAGGACUUGGUCAGCCAUAAAAAGAGAAGAUUGACCAGCAAUGUCAUAAUGACGAACGCGUCAGAAAUAAAUGCCAGAAAACUGAAGAGUAAAUCUAAGAAAGCAGCAUCAGCAACGCCUAAUGCGAAGCCAGGCUUAUCAAAAGGUUCAAAUAAACUUACCAAGCAACAAGCUCAACAGAUGCAGCAACUACAACAGUUGCAACAACAGAAGCAACAAGCUAAUGCUAUUGCUGCUCAUGUGUACGUUAAGUUGCCCAGCUCGAAAGUUCCGGACAUUAUUUUGGAGGAUGUUGAGAAUAUAUUGUCCACUAAGGAGAAGAGCGCCCGAAGAUAUGUCGAGGAGAGGAUGCGUAAGAGAAGACUUGAGGAUGGUGAGCUAUUCUUCAAUCUUACGGAUGAUCCUUACAAUCCUGUUUUCGAUAUAUCAAUCCCAAAAAAUGUGUCCUCUAGUAACGCUCCCUUUUCAUCCAUCGCUUCAUCAAAAUUCGAAACGGAUAGGUCAUACUACGUUCCCCAUCUUGAGAAUUACCUAAGUGGUAACACUGAUGAAAUUCGCAUAAUCAAUAAAGAUGGCGAAUCCGUAGAAAAUCCAAAAUACAAGAAAGUGGAGUUAUUCAAUCCUUUUGAUGAACAUAGAGAGGUUUACACCAGAGACCUUCCUUUAAAGUUAAGGAGACGUGUUGGCCGGUUAGGAAUCGAGUAUGUUGACCGCCGGAGGUCUGAAAACGAUUCAAAUUCUCUGGCAGAAUUUUUGGACUUUUCGGAAAUCGAAAGGCAAGAGAGGGAGAACGACGUUAUAGACGUCUACGAUUCUAAACUGGACGAACUAUACAGACUACAUGAUAAGUGGAAGUAUAAUUCUGAAACACACGAAUAUGGCACAAAAUUUUCUAACGAGCCGGCGAGGCUGAACCAAAUUUCCAACGAGACCCAAGUAAUUAGAUUUGGAACCAUGCUAGGUACCAAGUCCUAUGAGCAACUUCGAGACGCCACUUUAAAAUAUCGUCAAGAGAUCUAUAAUCAAAGGAAGAUUCCUAAAACUAUAAACUCAUCACGACAGCAGAGAUCCAACGGAUCUAACGGAUCAUCUACCAGUGGAACCGCAACACCACUCAGACCGCCUUCGGCGUCUUCAUUAAAGAAAACUUCAAAUACCAAACAGCAGCAGGUUACUCCUGUAAAGUAG